GUGCAAUAUUAUCUAUUUAUAUCAUAUAAAUAGUUAUCUAUUAUUAUAUUGCACGAAUAGUUUUAUCUCUUUUACACGCCGAAAGAGAAAGAGAAAGCACACCAUGGUGGUUCUGUCAAGUUGACUGUCACUUUAGUGUUGAAGUUCUCGCGGAGUUGUUAUGUCAAGUCAAUUCGUCACUUAAUUUUUUCAUUGUCUUUUGUGUAUUUCUGUGCACGUUCUGUCUUAGCGUGAUGUAAACCAAAAAAAAUAUAUAAGUGUUUUAUCGAACAACCGAAUGUAUAAGCGGUGCUUUUUUUUGAAAAAGAAUUAUUUUGUGAAGUGGUCAGCUUUGGGCUCCGUUGUUGGGUGAACAGUUAUGUGAUCGUGAGUAAGGUUUUUAAGAGUUUCCGAAUCGAUAAGUUGGUUGUUACGUGCUGUUGGCAGCUGUGGGGGCUGAGAUUUGUGGUGAGCUUAGGAGUCAGGGAAGUAGGAUGUCGGGGGUCCGCGCGGGCCGCGUGGUGAAGCCGAGCCUGACACGCGGGCACCGUGCGAAGAAAGGCCCAGUGCUGAGAAUGAUGGCAAUAAUGCAGGACGGGAAUAAUAGCCAGGAAGAAGUGCCGAAAGAAUUCCUGGACACGGGCCGGACGGGCCGGCGGAACGCCCUGCCAGACAUCCUAAGUGCGGACUCGGAGGUCACUACGGCAGAUUUACCCACGCGACUGCAAAUGCUCGCGACGAAUGUGUAUACAGCAUCAGCUGUUCCUCAUGAUAACUCGUCGAAGUCGUCGUGCGCAUGUAUGAACUCCGUAUUGCAAGACUUCGUUGCGUCUGGUUGUCAUCGACGCAGAAAUGCUGUAGCUGAUAUCACUCAUAAUUCUUGCCACUAUCACGGUAAAUAUCCGGAGAUGUCGUGUAAAUGUUGCAAAGAUGUUAUGACUAUGACUGACCCUGUCAUCGAAGAAUAUGAGGAACACCAAAGUAACUUACACAAUUUGAAGUUGUUUACUUUUAACCGUAAUGCGGGCUUGUGCUUGCCAUGCUUUCGUGGUUCCGGACGAUCUGAGCCAGGCAGUCCUCAGGCUGGGCCAUCAAAUGCAGAAGCACAAAAAGGUGAAGACGCAAAGGAUAAGAAGAACAAAGCCAGUUGAGCUUGCUCCACUCUCAAUAUCACUUGCCCAAAGCUAACGUAAUCUCAAUCAGGUAUAGUAUUAUUACUAGACUUAGUUUAGGCACGUCGAACUGACUAUUAGAAAUUUAUUUGCUAACGGAUAACUGCUGCUGCUUUGGUAGAUGCUAAUAUAAUUAAAGACAAUUUUUAUUACUAAAAUGCUCUGUUUCGGUUGCGUUUUAAGGUUUAUUUUUAAUCUGAAAAUGAAUUUAUAUAGUCAGUUUGAUGAAUUAUAUUGAAAUGAAUGUUUCGUUGAGGCGGUUGACAAAUUAGUAUUGAGGAUUUAGGGUUAUGUUUGUAAGCACUGAAAAUUAUAAAAGUUCGUUAAAUAUUGUCGAGUCACAAUUCAUGUAUGUAUUAUUUGCGCAUAAUAUAUUGUUGUCUCUUUUGUAUUGCUGUGAAAUGUAAAAGAUGAAAGAGAUAGUAAUAUAUAUCAGCUAUCAUUAUUUGUGAAAUUUCAUAUGAAUAGAAAUCGUAUUAGAUAAAUCUAUGGCGUGCGAGUAAAAGAAAUGCACACAAAAUGCGUGUUAUAACCGCCUCAAAG